AUGGGCCAACUCGACACCGUCGAACUUAACCCAAAAUACCAAAUCCCUAUCCCACGCCGCGGGUCUCUCUCACCAGCUCUCAGCCCACCCACCGCCAGCCCGAUAAGCGCACCGCGCGCCUGUUCAGCACGCCGCCGCCGCCAGAUCAGCGCGCCACCGCCAGCCCACCGCGCCGCCGCCAGCCCGCCCACCGCGCCGCCGCCAGCCCGCCCACCGCGCUCUCCUCUGUCGACAUCACCACCUCGACUCUCGUUGUAUAGCAGGAGGGCCACCCGCUCGGUCACCGCACCUGGAUGGGGCACACCGCCGCCGCUGCGGCCGCGGCCGCCAAACCCGCUCUCGGACUCACCAAGCCCAACGCCGUCGAGCCGCCUUAGGUCUGUCAUCUGUUGUGCCUACAACCCGUCUCCAACAAAACCUGCUGAUACUCUCGUCACCUUUUUUGCGAAAGACAUCGAAUUCUCCGAGUGGAAGGGCGAUAUUCUCGCUAUCACCAUCACGGAGAAGGAUCUGUCCAAAGACGCUUACUCCAAAUUUGAGAAUGCCGUCUUGAAGAAGCUGGACGGCCAGCUCGGUGGCCUCUUGUCGGAGGCUGGGGUGGAGGAAGAUUUCACUGGGAAGACGGGGCAGUCGGUGGUCCUCCGCCUCGCGGGGCAGGGCUUCAAGAGGGUGGGCCUGAUCGGUCUUGGUCAGAGCGCCUCGUCCACCGCCGCCGCUAGCCGAGGCCUCCGUGAGUCUGUCGCGUCAGUUGCCAAGGCCGCUCAAGCUAGCAGCGCUGCAAUCGUUCUUGCCUCCCCCAGUGGGAUCCAGGAAGAGUUCAAGCUAGCAGCGCUGCAGAGCAGCAGAACCGUGCUGGGGUUGUAUGAGGACAGCAGAUACAAGUCUGAAUCGAAAAAGGUGCACCUGAAACAUGUUGAUAUUAUUGGAGUGAGUUCUGGUGCGAAGGUGGAUCAGAAACUUAAGUAUGCUAAUGAUCUUUCGUCGGGUGUGAUAUUCGGAAGAGAGCUUGUGAACUCGCCUGCAAAUGUCCUUACCCCUGCUGUGCUUGCGGAGGAGGCGUCAAAGAUCGCUUCUACUUUCAGUGAUGUGUUCACUGCCACAGUACUGGAUGUAGAGAAAUGCAAAGAACUAAAGAUGGGUUCCUACUUGGGAGUUGCUGCAGCUUCUGCUAACCCUCCUCACUUCAUCCAUUUGUGCUACAAACCCACUGAUGGGAACGUCAAGAGAAAGCUGGCUAUUGUUGGGAAGGGUUUAACUUUUGACAGUGGUGGCUACAACAUUAAGACCGGGCCAGGCUACAGCAUCGAGCUGAUGAAAUUUGACAUGGGAGGCUCUGCAGCUGUAUUUGGUGCAGCUAAAGCUUUGGGACAAAUAAAGCCUCCUGGAGUAGAGGUUCACUUUAUAGUCGCUGCCUGUGAAAAUAUGAUCAGUGGCACAGGCAUGAGAACUGGUGACAUUGUAACUGCUUCCAAUGGGAAGACAAUUGAGGGAUCAUCUGGUCAAUAUGUCUGUGCUACUCUACCUUAUAUUCGUGCGAACAUUCCCAUUAUCAUUGUAUUUCGAGCAUUAGGAUUUGUUGCUGACAAGGGUAUACUGGAGCAUAUAUGUUAUGACUUUUCUGAUACACAAAUGAUGGAAUUGCUACGCCCAUCCCUGGAGGAAGCUUUUGUCAUUCAAAAUCAACAGGUUGCUCUAGACUACAUUGGAAAACAUGGCGCAACAGUUGGUGUCACUCGGGAAAAGAGAAUUAAAUAUGCAAAAGAAAUACUUCAAAAGGAAAUGUUACGUGUUGGGGAAUUAUGUGAAACUAAGAAGGCAUACUAUUUUGGGUAUAUUAUUCACCGCCUACUGAUGUGUGCUCUUAGUCGAAGAGCUGAGGAUGACCGAGAUCAUUAUGGAAACAAAAGACUAGAUCUUGCUGGUCCACUGCUUGGAGGGCUGUUUAGAAUGCUUUUCAGGAAGUUAACAAGGGAUGUGAGAUCUUACAUGCAAAAGUCAAAUCAGAAGUUACAAGGUUUAAGGGAAGAAUUGAAUGCGAUUGUCCCAUACUUGGAGGAGAUGAGAAAGAAGAAAGUUGAAAGAUGGGACCAAUUUGUUGAUGUCAUAGAGCAAAUUAAGAAGGUUGCAUCUGAAAUCAGGCCUGCAGAUUUUGUACCCUUUAGAAUUCCUGUGGAUCAGUCUGAUAUGUCUUUAAGAAAGUUGGAGGAGCUAACGAAAGAGCUGCAAUCCCUUCAGAAGGAGAAGAGUGAUCGGCUGAAGCAAGUCAUGGAACAUCUUAACACUUUGCAUUCGUUAUGCGAGGUGCUUGGUGUAGACUUCAAACAAACAGUAAAUGAGGUGCUAAUGUGGUGGAGCUACGAACAACAAUCUGAUGUCCUGAUCGAGAGCGACGGAGCUAAUGUUUGAACUUGUGUAUUUGAA